GUUUUAACCAGUAUAAUAUGAACAGCUAAACGGUGUUAUAUGAAUUAAAUUCAUGAAAUUCAGUGUAAUAGUCAGUUCCCAAAAUAUGGCAUCGUCGGUAUUUCCUAAGGUGACGCUAUCUAAUGGGCUACAGAUACCAAUACUUGGGCUAGGGACCUCACAUAGAGGAGGGUACAGCCAUGAAGCGAUUCUACAUGCGCUCAAAAAGUGCGGCGUGCGGCAUAUUGACACCGCAAAGCGGUACGGCUGUGAGGAACAACUGGGCACAGCCAUCAGAGAGAGUGGGGUUCCCAGGAGCGACCUUUGGCUCACCAACAAACUCUGGCAUGGCGACUAUGGAUACAAAGCGGCCAAGCAGUCUUGUCUUGACUCCUGCUCUCGGAUGGGUGUGGACUAUUUUGACUUGUACCUGAUGCAUUGGCCUGAGGGUCAGCAAAAUGGCCUCUCCAACAGGGAGGUCCGAGCAGAGACCUGGAGAGCCCUUCAGGAGCUUUAUGACCAGGGGGUGUGCCGUGCUAUUGGAGUCAGCAACUUUUUGGUCCCUCACCUAGAACAGCUCAAGGAGGACUGUAGUGUGUUACCACAUGUUAACCAAGUGGAGUACCACGUGUACCAACAGCCCAGGCAGCUGGUGGAGUACUGCCGUGAGGAGGAAAUCGUGUUUCAGGGGUACUGCCCCCUGGCCAAGGGGCAAGCUCUGGGGGACCCAACCGUCCUCCAACUGGCAGAGAAGUACGGACGCACGCCUGCCCAGAUCUGCAUCCGCUGGAGCAUACAGAAUGGAGUCGUCACAAUACCCAAAUCUACCAAAAAGGAGAGGAUAGAAGAGAACUGCCAAGUGAUUGGCUUCCAACUGGACGAAGAGGACAUGGCAGCACUGGGCAAGUUGCAUGAUGGGAGACAUGUGAGCUGGGACCCUAGUCAUGUGAAGUAACCCCAAGAUAUUCUAAACGUAACAUUACUAAAUUAUUAAAUGCACGUGCAUUAGUUUGUUCUGUUACAUUUCAUUCUAUAUAUUCUUUAUAUUAUAGGUAUUAAAAGUAUUCACACUUUUAUUUCAAGCAGGAUAGACUACGGUAAUGCCAUUUUAACUGGGAUUCCCCAGAAAACUAUAAAGCAACUACAAACUAUACAAAAUGCUGCUGCUAGGGUGCUAAAUAGGACUAAAAGGAGUGAGCACAUCACACCUAUCCUAAGGUCCUUACACUGGCUUCCUGUUAUUUAUAGAAUUGAUUAUAAAGCUCUACUUCUUGUUUUUAAAGCACCUAAUGGCAUUGGACCAAAUUAUAUACAUGACAUAUUAAUACAGCACCAGCCAGAUCACUGAGGUCCCAAAACAAAAAUGUUAAUGUCAUAUCUGAAAUGUUACGGAUGGACCUUUUUAUUCCUUCCUAUCCCUUUCAAUUUUAUAGUACAUGUGUGAUUUCAUUGAUGGUCUUUCGUUAUAUUGCUUGCAUGUAUUUCUUCACUAUACAUUAUACUGUUGUCUUUUUCUCAGUAAAGCACAUUGAAUUGCUUGAUGUGCUAUGCAAAUAAAAUUGCCUUGCCUUGCCUUAAUGUCGAA